CUUCUUCGAAUGCAAUGACUCAGCAACUACAGGAUGAAUUUGACAGUAGUGUGGAGAAUGCAGAAGCUUGGAUGAAGGCCAUCCAAGAGAGACUGAGGAUCAAUGACAACACCAAGGGACCUCGAUCUGCCCUAGAAGCCAGACUGAGAGAGACUGAGAAAAUACGUGCGCUGGAACCAGAAGGCAGCUUGAAAAUGGACUUGAUUCUUGUGAAGGCAGAUGCUGCUCUUCGCAGCAUCAGUGAGGAUAAGAAGCAUGAGGUACUAUCUAAACUGAAAGACAUUAAAGCCUUGUGGGAAGAGACAGCCAUAUACAUUACUCACUGUCACAGCCGUAUUGAGUGGGUCUGGCUGCACUGGAGUGAGUACCUGAAAGCCCAAGAUGAGUUUUACGCGUGGAUUCACAACAUGAGGGUGACCUUGGAGCCUGACAUUGAGUUGCAGCUUGGUUUAAAGGAGAAGCAGUGGCAGCUGAGCCAUGCUCAGGUUCUGCUGAAUGAUGUCUUAAAUCAGUCAGUCCUGCUGGAAAGACUGCUAGAGGAAGCUGCUUCCUUGUUCAGCAGGAUAGGUGACCCCAGCGUUGAUGAGGAUGCUCAGAAGAAAAUGAGGGUGGAAUAUGAAGGAAUCAGGGAAGAAGCUCAGAGCAGAGUGAAACUGCUUGAAAAGAUAACCAAGGAACAUGAGCGGUACAGCGCUAACGUCAACCAGUUUCAAUCGUGGCUGAAUGGUGUGACAGAAAGAUUAAACUGCUGCAUUGGAGAAGCAACCAAGUCUUCAGCAGAGGACAAGUUAAAGGCACUGAAGGAAAUUGCCAAAAACAUUAGGAGUGGUGGAAAGAAGUGGAAGCACCUUGAAAAUCAGUGUGCAGAGGUGAUUCAGAAUACCUCCCCACUUGGAGCUGAGAGAAUGAAGGAUGAACUCGAAGAGCUAAAAAAAGCCUUGGAGAAGUUGAAACUGCUGAGUAGUGAGGAGGAGGAGAGAUUGCUCAAGAUCCAACAGUCAGAAAGUGCCUAUAAGUGCCAAGCCAGACAAUUAGAAGCAGAUGUCCAGGAGUUAAGAAAAGAUCUACAGAGACUAGAAAAUGACCUGGACCCUGGGGAAGGGGAAAAGACCGAAGAUGAGUUUGUAACUCUGUGGAGAAAAUGCAGUGCAACGAGAGCAGCUCUGGCCGCAGAAGAGUCCAAGGUUGAGAGGCUGAAGGCUCAGCUUAAAGAACUGCUACGGUUUUCCCAAGACGUGCAGCCACACGCUGAGAAUGUUGUUUCUGCAAUACAGCAGUAUCAAAGUGUUAGAGGCAAGACAUCUAAAAUGAGCGCUGAUACAGAAACCCAACUGAGGCGACUCUUCCAAAAUCCCCUGCAAGAAUUUCAACAGUGGAAGCCAUCGAUCCAGAUGCUCCUGGAGACUCCGGAGCCAGCGCUGGCUCACAUAGAGGCUGCUCUAGCUGAAAGCUCCCAGUUCAAAGAGAAGUUGGUGACAUUACAGCUGAAGAAAGAUUUGCUAAAUAACGUCCUUGGUGAGGAAAAAGCAAAGUCUUUCCUGCAGGAAGUAGCUGAAGCUUCAAAGGAGAGAGAAAUUCUACAUAAAAGUCUGCUGCAAAGCAAGAGCAAACUCCAGAAUUUGAUAUCACAACAUAAGGACUUUGACGCUGGUUUCACACCUUUACAGAAGAAAUUAACUGCCAUCAAAGCCAAAUUAGAUCUAGAGAAGGAACCACGGCCUGACCUCUUGGGUAAAAAAACACAACUCCAGAGACUGCAGAUGAUUCAAGAUGACUUGGCAGAGCUUGCGAUUCAAAUGGAGGAGGUAGAGAAGCUUGUUCAGUCAAAUACCACACACAGGCGUGAAAUGAAUCAACUUUCAUCUGACUCUCAGGCCCUGAAGAGAUCAUUGGAGAUGAUGAUACAGCAGAGUGAAGAGCACGUUCAGAAGCAUUGGGCAUAUAAUGACAAACUCUCUGACCUCCAGCAGUGGAUCACAGUAACCACAGAGAGGAUUGACUCCUACCAGGGUGCUGAUGGAGAGCAGAACACCGAGGGCAGGGUGGCAGACCUUGAGAGAUGGCUAGCUGAGUUUCCAGAUAAGGAGAUCCAGCUGCACCUUGUGGAAGCUCAUGGCCAGCUGGUCAUGGAGAAUUCUUCUCCAGAGGAGACUGCUCAUGUCCAAGCAGAGCUGGAUCAGCUGAAGGAGUCCUGGAGAUCACUGAAGGAGAUGGCAACUGGUCUUCUCAAAAAGUGGCAGUUAAAUAGACCAGUGACUGAUAAGAAGAAAAUAGCAUUUGUGGACAGCAGAUGGAUGUCUGGACCUGCCUUCCGUCUUUUAGAUGUAGAUCCCAACCACAAGCAGGAGAGGAUAGGAGAAGGGCAAAAUACAAGCAGCCACUUGAAGCUCCUACACGACUUUGAAGAAUGGUUACAAGGAGAAAACACCAAACUGACCAAAAUUCUUGCUGUGACUUCAGCUUCCCCAGAGGAAAUUAAGGCACGCCAGAGCAAACUGGAGGAGCUGCAGUCUCGUGUGCCUGAUGGUCAGCGUCUCUUUGAGGACCUUCUUCAUCUUCAUUCUGUUAUUGGAAACUCUGAAGAUCUGGAGGACCUGCGUUACCGAUGGAUGCUCUACAAAUCUAUGCUGAAAGAGUCCAUGAGUUCACCGAGUCCUGGAUCUUCAGAAGAACCAGACAGAUUCAGAAAGAAGCGCUCUGGAGGCAUUUGCUCAUUCCUGCAUCGGGUGUGCUGGGCAGCACUACCGUUGCAACUGCUCCUCUUGCUCCUCCUGCUCCUGGCCUUCCUCCUGCCCCUGGCAGAGGAGACCCACAGCUGCACGCUGGCCAACAACUUUGCUCGGUCCUUCAACCUGAUGCUGAGAUACGACGGCCCACCUCCAACCUAACUUCUUGGCGUGGCAUGAGAGUAUUUGGGCUGACCUAGAAACACCCAGAACAAGUGAAGCAAGGGUAAAAUUUUCUGCUGCCUGCCUCUCUGCUCAUGUACCACUGGAAGAAGGUUGUGCUGAAUGUACCUACUUCACUCUAGCCCUGUAAGAUUUAAUAGAAAAUGUCAGCUUUUCUGUAAGACUGUGCAGUUGUUUGAACAGAAUUCUACCAGACCCAAAGAGAAUGUGAAUUUGCUAAAUCAUAUUACUAUUCAGUAUGAUUUCUUACGGUGUUGGCCUCUGACACUCUCUGUAGGGUGUCCCUCAAUCCCAACCAAGCUAAGACAAAGGGGAAUUUUUUGAGAACCUCAGAUUUGAAGUUAACUCCAAUCACAUGUAGUGAGCGAGCAGUGUAUUAGUUCAACCACCACUGAUUUCUCUGAAGAGUAAUUGCUGCAGCAUGUAUGUGCACAACUCUCAUUAGCAUCCACAUAAUUGCUGGUUUCUUUCCUGAAUCUUUAUGAGAUAGAGUCUGCCAGGAUCUCUGACAUCAAAGAACUCCACAGGAAGUUUACUUCUGUAGGAGUGGAAAACCACUACGAUUUUUUGGUGAACCUGUGGGCUAGGUUCCCUGUUGCUUUUAUGAACACACUGAGCUCUAUCCAGGUCUUUGACUUCUCUCAGGUAUUUGGACCAUGUGGUCCUGUGCUUUCCUAUGACCUGUCUCCCGCUAAGCCCCCAAAAGCAGAAAUGCAAACACUUCAGCUGAUCAUAGCUGUGUCAAGAUCAGAGCAGCAUCUCAAAUCCAGGAAAGAACAGGGUAAAACAAGUCCACGGCUGUAGGAAGAGCAGACUAUCAUGGUGGGACAGUUACAUUCCCAUAAGGGCUACAACCAGUGCACAAAAGAAAUUUCUGUCUUACUCUCUUUUUUUCCUUUGCAACGCAUUUUUUCAUCUUGCAGUUUAUUUAUUUGUGGAGCCAGAAAGUAGGCUUCUUUGUGCAUAUCAGGCAUUUUCUUCUGGAACCAGCAAAGAAACUUGGUACUUGAUUUUGUCCCAGACACUGUACAUAGACCAGGAAAGACUGCCGUCCAGCAGGGAGGAGAGAAAAAUUCCUAAGAACAGAUAAAACAGCUCACACUUGUAUGAUGAAUGAGUAUUUUGUUGACCAGGUUCAGGCUGCAAACAACUCUUACAGCUGAUUGGUGGGAGUUACGACAGUCAACAAGAAUUAUUAUAAACACUUUUAGAGGACAGUGAAAUACUCCAGGUAGUUAUAAAUCUCUUAAGUCAUACAUUAGUAGAGAAACACCUGUUUUAGAUAGCAACCCUGCUGCUAGAGGAUGGAAGUAUCUGUUUAGGUUGCAGCAGCAAAAGGUGGCAAGUUCAAUAAAUAAAAAUAAUAGGGUAAGACCCUCCAGUGGAGUAAACCAGUGUAGCUUCAUUGAAGCUGUUGGAACUAAGUCAAUUUACAGCAGUAAGAAUCUGGCUUAUAGUCAACAAGGAUUUUACAGAAUGCUUUAAACCUCUCCAUUUGGAGAGUUCUCCUCUGCCUUACGCCUGUGCACUAAAUUGUAUCCACACAGAAGUCCUCAAUGGUAUAAUGAGGUCAUUUUGGACGUGAGUGUUCAUUAUAUGCUUAGAUAAAUGAAGGGAAAAAGACCACAUCAUUAGCAAAGCCUUAAAUAAAAAAGGAUGGAGCAAGGUUACCGAGUGAGAACUAUUUAAAUAAAAACAAUCUCAGCACUGGAGAGUUAAUGGGGAGUGGCUUUCUUUGGAAAAGGGCUGAUGGUGUGUUGAUGCUGCAUGUAGAAGCUGAGCGCUACGGCCAUGAAAGAUUAAAAGCAGGGACUGAGGUUUUUUCUAGGUUAAUAUUUCAAGUUUUCUAAAUUUCAUUCUGUGACAUACCAUGAAUGCAGCCUUGGUUUCCAACUGCAGAAAAGCACUCUGAUAAACACAUAUUGCUGGAGCAAAUGAAACUGAAGGCUCAUCCGGUUUUACUGUAGCACUCGUGGUAUUAAGAGGGAUUGUAAUAUAAUCCUCUUCAAUGAAUAACCCUAACAGAUGUUAUCAGGGUUGCUCUGUACGAGCCGUGGACCUCUUGCUAGAACUCCCUCUGUGGAAGUCCAGUUCAUAAAUUGUCCUAAUGGGCUGCCUGCCUCGUCCCGCUGCUGCAACAGCAUGAAAGGGAGGUGGUUACCAGCGGCCUUGAAAGCCAGCAUUAUUCCCAUCUGGUUUGCAUUACAAUACUGCUAAAUAUUUCAUGCUUUUUGUUUUACAAACAAAUAAGAGCAGAACUAAUCUCUUUGUUUAAUGUUCCUUGAUUGACGUUUGAGUGGGGAAAAAAAGUUUGUGGUUUGUUUUGAUUUCUUUUUCUUCACUUCAGAUCUUAACGUGGCUCUGCAAAAGCUUUUAAUGGAAGAUAGAGCAGAUCACCGUCGACUUUUCUGGUGGGCUUUUUAUGGCACCAUUGAUACAGCAAAAGAUACAGGGGAAAUCCAGAUGAUGAAUGUGCUGUUCAAUCAGCUGGGAUUUCUUUGCUUGCGAGGAGAUAACUCGAUGAAGUGCAAACAGAGACAGGGAGCAGACGUUGACUGCUUGUCAGCUGUAUACAGAACUAUCUCUGGCUGGGGCUGCUGGAAAACACAGCAGCUAUUAGUACCCCUUUGCCCUUUCACAGCGCCCUGUCAGAGGGUCCCCAGGCACUGCAGCGAGAGCCAUCCAUUAAACCGCCGAGCAACGAGUCUGUUUAAUCGCCCCCGCUUUACAGGGAGAGGAGUGGCAGCCCUGGGAGGAUUCAGCCGGCAUUUUAACCUCCCGGUUCCCUAAACUCCCGCUGAGGUGGAUGAGCGAAGGCAGCUUUGGCAGCGGGUGCCGCCUCUGCCCCAGCAGGACGGCGGUGACCCACCUCCACGCAGGGACCUUCACCCACAGGGCAGAGGUUGCGGGGAGGUCCGGAGCCCCCCUGGGAUGCGCAGUCUCCCCUCAGGUGCCCGCCCGGGGAAACACCAAAGGUUUCGGAUGGUUUCCUUCCAACCCAAAGCAAGUCCCGGCACAGAGCAGGGCCUCUCGGCUGGUACUUCUCUGCUCGAACGGCCACAUCGGCUGGUUUAUCUGGUGUCUGGACAAUUAUCUUCAUUAGGGCACCCAUUGGGCUGCGUUAGCUGUGAGGCCUAAUCACGGGGUGGAUGAAAGGUACGAAAUGUCACUCAGGAAGGGCUAAAUAUUGAGAAAAGAUAAAUAUCUACUCUUUCAGCCUGUUGCAGCUUGGCCCUGCAAUGGAGUGGCGGUGUAUCAGUGCGGUUAGUUAAAUCACCAUACUACAUUUGACUGUGUAGUAAUAUUUUUAUAUCAUGGCACAAACAGAAACAGGUUUGUCCGAUUCACUCUUGAGAUGAAUUCUCUACAGUUACUGUGGGAUGAAUUCUUCACUGAUGGCUGAUGCAUCAAUCAUCCCAUCCCUUCCUCCUGUAACCCGCUGGCCUGAAUUCAGAGACAAAUGUGAGUCUCGGGGACUGACCCUAACGCUUGCCUGCAAAUAGGCUUUAUGACUUAUGCUGAAAAAGACAGCCAAGCAGUAAAAUUAUAUGCUGCUUUCUAUAUUAUGUUUCUUAUUUUUCUAGCAUUUUCCUCCCGAGGAUCUCAAGGCUCGCUGCAAGGUUUAACUAAUUCUCAACAGUCAUCUGUGAAUUAAGUUCUUUUUUGCUAAUUACAGCUGAAAUACUACUGCCAGAGUGGAAGAUUGCCGUUCUUGAGCAUCUCUCUACAAUAGCACACAAUAGUUUCACUCAGGAUUGUAAAAAUAAAUUGUAACUGCCGCAGUUCCUUGCAUUGAAUCAUUUUCAUUGUGGAUUUUGACAUUCCACUU